AUGAAUGUUCAAUAUCGUGGGUUUCCGACUUCGUCUUCCGCUACGCCGACCUAUUCAUAUCCACACUCGUCCCUGAAGUUAACAUGCACUCCGGCCGACAAGGACCGCCUGACUAAAGUCCCCGCUGAUGGGUCCUCGGAUAAUUCGACAUUGUCGAUGAACCAAUUAUCACUCUCUCCUCAUUUUGAGGUGUUACUCAAACAGGGUCUGAAGAGCAAUGUGGCAACGAAGGCGGUGAUGGCUUGGGACAUGGAUUAUUCUUUCAUUUCUUGGGCCCUUGCCGAUAGGCUAGGACUCACGAUAAAACACGUCGGUUCGAAGAAUAACAAGACAUACUUGACUCGGAUAGAAAAGGGGCCGUCGGUCGGAUUCAUUAAAUGUCUCAUUCUAGUUGAUUAUUUAGGUAUCACAGUCGAGGCACGGUUGCGAGUUUUCUACGGGGCUCCUGGCAUUGACAUCCCUAUAUACCUCGGUCGCGAUUUUACCAAAACUGCGAAUCGUACUCUUACGUCUUCAUAUUCGCAGCCGCAAGCAUCAGUCCGAAUACUACCUAUGCUAACCCUAUCCGACAUCUUUCAAUGUGUAUUGAGUUGUUCUUCGUUGAUCGUUUCCAUGGCAAUAAGGGAUCAGGCCCCUUUUGUAAGGACAGACCAAAUAAAGGACAACCGAAUUAAAUACAUGUCCGACUUCUGGAGGGCGCUAUUAAUUGGUACACGCAAAAUCUUUCCGCGGAAUACCAAUGCAGCUGGUCCUCCAGAGUUUACACGUCUGGCAAUUGACGAGUGCACAAACUCCGUAGGAUCUGAUAGCAGUGUUGACAACAGUCCGGAUAGCUUGAGCACGCCCGAGUCAGACGAAUGGCUUCCAGAACCCAUGGACGAAGAUAUUAUUAAAGCAGGCCACCCUUUCUACCAGGCCCUUCCAACGAUUACAUGUAGUAUAUUGAUAAGGUAUCUUGUCUGGAGGAGUUGCCAAGGGGGUCACGAGGCGAGCGAAAAUUCGUCGGGAAAUGUCAAUGGCCGCCAAAGUCCUUCGAGGCCGAGGAAACGACGUAGAGCGGAUAACAGCAAAAAUAAUGACAAGCGAAAUGAAGACGGGAGUCCAUCGAGCAGUAGGGUUAGAACAUCCGACGAGAGCAAGAGUGCGGAUACGAGAGGGUUAUCUCUUGCAUGUCCAUACUACAAACGCGACAAAUUCCGGUAUCAUAGAUGUAUUCUGUUCGACACGAAAAGAAUUAGCCAUGUCAAGCAACACCUUCGGCGCAAACAUCUCCAACGACACUAUUGUCCCGUGUGCGGCCAGGAAUUUCAAGUGCCUGAUUGUCUAACACGAGACCAAGAUCACGAGUUAACAACUCGAGUGGACAAGAAAAUGGGACUUGAGCAACAGUGGUACAGUGUAUGGGAUACUGUUUUUCCUGGAGUAGAACGACCAAUGUCUCCUUACAUUCAGGAGCCGGUGCAAGGAAUAGCCUCGAGCCUCCGGCAAUUCCUGAGAGAACAAGGAGCCACAAUCGUCGCGGACCAUUUACAGGAAAGUGGAGAAAUAUCUUACGACAUGCCACGGGAGGAGCGUGAUCUCCAAGCGGUCCUCGACACGGCAGAAUAUAGGAUAUUAAAUGACAUCGUUGAGGCAUUCGCAGGACAUAAGAUAUUGUGUAACUUCUUUGAGGCAUUCGCAGAAGAAAGGGUGUCCAAUCCCGAGAGAACGAAUGGACAGGCGGAUGAUCUUUCGGGUCGAUACGUCGCGCUAGCGUCUUCUGAAUCUAAUGAAGCUGUAUUAUCGGACACGCUGGAACAACACGUCGAAACUAGCGCUGCUGGAUCAUCAAUAUUCGACGCUAUUCAAUGUCCAUAUUCGAACCGAAAUCUUGGGGAAGCCAACAGACAGGAACAUGGCGCUCAGACGUCCCCCCAGUUCGACCUCUAUGAAGCCGAAAUAACGGCUAUAUUAGAUCCGCACAUUGAUGCUAAAGCUGAUGCUGGCUCAUCAAUGUUUAGUACUGAUCAAAUACCGGAUUUAAACCUGGAUUUCUUCAUGACCCCGAGGGUUGGCAAUAAUGGCACUCUUGACGAUCCGCAUGACUUUAACCACGGCGAUUUUCUUGCUGAUGAUUAUCCCCUCGAUGCGGUUUGA